AUGGAUCAUUCAUCCAUUCACCGACUGAAUGAUGACGAUCUGUUGCAGGAACAACAGCAUCUAGCUCAAGUGGUUGCUACAUAUAAUGCAUACCGACGCUCAUCCAUUCUCGUUCUUGAACACAAGAUAGCUGCCAUUCCACAAAAACCCCUUUACGACCAAGUUCGAGCCAGACUUCAUUCCCAUAUACAUUGCAUCAACCAUAAUGCCCAUCUAUUAAAUUUGAUUACUAGCGAGCACCAAAAUGAGUUUCUGCAGUCAUUAUUGCCUGAUAAUGGUCAAAAGGAUGAGACUGACCAACAUAACAAACAGUCGAACAAACAGUCGAACAAACAGUUGGACAAACAGUCGAACGAUCAUUCGCAAAAAUAUACGCAGCUUCAGUUAAAGGUUUCAGAUGAUUAUCAUAUUACUGAGGGUGAUCUAAGCAAAGUCCAAUCAACAAUCAGACAGUUUGUACGAGAUUGGUCUGAAGAGGGACGAGUCGAACGGACAAAUGUCUAUGGUCCCAUUCUAGACUUUAUGAAUUUAUAUUAUGCUCAUGUUCCGCUGCAAGAGAGAGGGGAAAUUCAUGUUUUGAUACCUGGAUCUGGCUUAGGCAGGCUGGUAUUUGAAACUGUUGCCAACGGAUUCUCUUGUCAAGGAAACGAAUUCUCCAUGUAUAUGCUUCUUGCUUCCAAUUUUAUUCUAAAUAUGCCAGAACGUGCACACGAGUUUACGAUAUAUCCUUGGAUUCAUAGCUUUUCAAACAUUCCUUCAGCAGCAAAUCAGCUUCAAGCAAUACAGAUUCCUGACAUUCUUGUCAGCGAUCAUGUUCCCCCAACCGUAUCGUUUUCAAUGGUGGCGGGGGAUUUCAUUCAAAUCUACGGAGCUCCAAAUCAAAAAGAUCAAUGGGAUGUGGUGGCUACGUGUUUCUUUAUUGAUACGGCCAAGGACUUGACACAGUAUUUGGCAGUCAUCAAGCAUGCACUCAAACCAAAAGGCAUAUGGAUCAAUGUGGGACCGCUGUUAUAUCAUUUUGAAGGGAAUGCAGAUGCAGUGGAGUUUACACUGGAAGAAGUGAAACAUCUCAUCACAGAGUUUGGAUUCGUAAUUCAAGUUGAGUAA